AUGUCUCUUGAUCUAGAAGCUAAUAUUCUCAAACAGGUCAGCAACUUCUCCAACGUCGCCUCCCUCCUCUGGCACGCCUACGCCUCUCUCCCCGCCCCCUCCUCCUCCGUAAACUGGGCCGGGUUCUACAUCCGCCAAGACAAGUUCCCCGUCCUCGGCGCCUCGACCGCCGAGCGCACCGCAAAGACCGACGUCCUCGUCCUAGGCCCCUUCCAAGGCCGACCGGCGUGUCAGGAGAUCCGCUUCGGACGAGGCGUGUGCGGUACGGCGGCGCAGAAGAAAGAGACGGUGGUGGUGCCCGACGUGUUAGAGUUCCCGGGUCAUAUUGCGUGCGACGCGAGUAGUCGGAGCGAGAUCGUGGUGCCGAUUUUGAGCGGUGGAGAGACUGUCGCGAUCAUCGAUAUCGACUGUGCCGAACCGAACGGGUUCGAUGACGUGGAUCGGAAGUUCCUCGAGCAGUUGGCUGCCUUGUUGGCCGAGGGGUGUGAUUGGUGA